AUGGGCCUGGAGCUCUACCUGGACCUGCUGUCUGCGUCGUGCCGCGCUGUCUACAUCUUCGCCAGGAAGAACGGUAUCCCUUUCGACUUCCAGUUUGUGGAUCUGCUGAAAGGUCACCACCACAGCAAGGAGUACAUCGAGAUCAACCCCCUGAGGAAGCUGCCCAGUCUCAAAGAUGGAAAAUUUGUCUUAUCUGAAAGUGUGGCCAUCCUUUUCUACCUGUGCCGCAAGUACAGUGCGCCCUCGCACUGGUACCCACCAGACCUGCACACACGUGCCCGCGUGGACGAGUUCAUGGCCUGGCAGCACACAGCCCUUCAGCUGCCCAUGAACAAGAUACUCUGGAUCAAGCUGCUGAUCCCGAUGAUCACGGGUGAGGAAGUUCCAGCUGAGAAGACAGAGCGGGUGCUGGCAGAGGUGGAAAACAACCUGAAGCUCUUCGAGGAAAAGUUUCUGCAGGAGAAGAUGUUCAUCACCGGGGACAACGUCUCCCUGGCCGACUUGGUAGCCCUGGUGGAGAUGAUGCAGCCCAUGGCGGGCAACCAUAACGUCUUCCUCAACAGCUCCAAGCUGGCCGAGUGGCGCAUGAGGGUGGAGCUGGCCGUCGGCUCCGGCCUCUUCUGGGAGGCCCACGACCGGCUGGUGAAGUUGGCGGAGUGGGACUGCUCCACGCUGGAUCCGAUGGUCAAGGAGAGGAUCUGCGAUUUGCUGCAGCAGUUCACGUAG